AUGACCGAUUACCACCACCGGUUCGACCAAAUCCGGUCCACAUCCCAGAUCCUCAAGCAAACCGCCGUGCAUUUCACCGCCCGCCCUGUCACAUUCCUUUUCCUUGCUUUCCUGCUCUUCUCUUUCCGUUCUUUGGUUGAAUCCGGUUCCCUCCUCCUCACUUCCUUUAUCGACAAAGACCCCGCUUUCAAAUCCCUUCUUUCCCGCCUCGAACUUCACCCUUCCCACCCGCACGCGCGUGUUCACCCCGCGCGCCGUCCUUUCCUCCACCUCACCCGUGUUGGUACUCUCGAAGACGAUUUCUUUUCUUCCGACGAUGAUCACCCGGACCGCUACCUUUCAGGUUAUUUCCCUAACCGCGCCAUCAAUAGCACGCCGGUGAUUCUUUCCAACUUCGACACUAAAUUGGGGUUCUCGCAUUUCGUGGCGGAUAACGGGAUUAUGGUUCCGGAAAUUGUUCGUCCCGGAGUCAAAUUCAAGACUACGUCGUUUGAAUAUGAAAAGAAUGAAGAGGAGCAACAAGAGGAAAGGAUUGUGGAUUUUCAGUUCGUUUAUAAUGGAUUUGAGUUGGGCCAUCAAGAUGCAGGGACGCUAUUUUUUCUCGUCAGCUUAUUAUCGUUUUCGUAUGGAUGGGUAAUUCUAGGGUUUACAACUAUUUACUCUUUGGUUUUGGGUGUUCUUUUUGUUACAAUUGUUAAUGUUUUGAUUGAAAGAUUUGUUUCUUUUUGGGGGGCUUUUUGGGACGGGUCAAAAAUGGGUUUGAAAAGGCUCACCGGUUUGAUUUUAAUGAAAUGGGCGGUAAGAGACGCCGUGAGUCAGCUUCUUGGAUUAUGGUAUUUCGGAGAAAUUCAGGAUCACUACUCUUUUUUCAAGCUUUUUGUCAGGUUAAAGCUGAUGCCUUUUUCAGUCAUGUCUCCGUGGACUAGGGUUUUCGAGAAGGAGAUUUCAGGGUUUCUGUUUACAUGGUUCUUGGUAGAUACUUUAGUUUUAUUUGCAUUCUCAUUAGCUCCAUGGAUUGCCAUUGAAGAUCCGAGAAGAACGGGUAGGGAAAUUAUUAGAGAAGGAUGCUAUUUUCUGUCAACAAUGUUGAGCCAAGCAAUACAAAUCAAGUGCUACGAAGCUAUCUUAGGUGGAUCUUUUGCAACUUGGGUUUUGACCAUUAUAGGUGGGGAGCUUUUCGCCACUGUUGUUCAGGCAGCUUUGGAGGUGUAUUUCAUGGUUGCUUGGUUGAUAUUCUACUUUGUAGUGAGGUGUAGGGAAGCUAAUACAGAGGGUAGAAGGUAUGGGAGGAGGGAAUUGGAGGUUUUGAUUGAUGGACCUAGAUGA